UUAUACCUAGAGCCGCAAACCAACCUCAAAGAACCCUAAAUCGAAAACUCUCAUUUCCAAUUCUUCUUCAUCGAUUUUGCUCUAAUCUCUUGGAUCCUCUAGAGAUCGGUUUGGUUUUGCAGGAACACCAAUCCAAUCAAGGUAACCGCUCAGACCCCCUUUCCUUUCGCGCAUCCAAAACGCGGUUUGGAAGUGUAUCCUUGAAUCCUCCUUACUUUUGCUUAGCGAUUGGAUCUUAGAUUGUAGCUAUAGAUUUCACACUUGCUACUAAGAUCUAAAUUGUGCUAGUUAGGAACAUAUUUGUUAAUUGCGGUUCUUGAGAAAUUGCGAUUGUGUCGGGAAUUGAUGGAAGUUGAAGGUUGUUUAGGAAUUGAUGGACUUGGGCAAAAUUGAGAGAUAGGAAUGUCCCAUCGUUUCUGAACAACCGUUGAGCAUGGCUAAUUUGGAAAAUUGACUUUGUUUUGCAGAUGCCUCCAAGAACAAGGAACCCUAAAGCACUCAAAGCCUCUCGCGGAGCAGCCACGCCUUCUCACUCCGCGAACGUCCCAACCUCCUACCCAUGGCCGAACAAGGCUGAGGGUCAACCGAUCAACAUCAAUGACCCACUACUCCUUGACUACAAUUGUGAGGGGUGGGACAAGGAGUCCGCAGCAAGGUACAACAGGCUUCUCGCAGCAGAGAUCCUGCCCACACGAUUUGCUCACGCGGAGACCUUAGCUGCUCUUGGUCUCGAGUCUGAUGUGUUCGAGACGCUCGACGUCAUGGGCCUCGCUCCUCUCUGCUACCAAGCCCAAGUUCUCUAUCCAGAUUUGGUUCGCCAAGUGCUCGCAACAGCUCAGAUUACUUACCAGAACCCAACUGCGCCAACGUACGAGAACUGCUACUUCUCCUUCAUGGCUGACGGCAAGUUCUGCUCCAUCUCUCUCCACGAUCUAAACGAACUACUCGAGAUCGCAGACACGCCAAGAGAGGUCUCAGUUGACAAAAAGUUCGCGCCAGCAAACGCAUUUUGGGAUCUCAUUGCGACAGGGAAGUUCACUUCUCGCAAGGCUUAUCAAUCACAAAUCCGUAACCCCACUCUGCGUAUCAUUGCCAAGAUCGUCUCGAACAUCCUAUUCGCAAAGGAACACACCUCCAAGGUCACAAACGGAGAGCUACAGGUUCUAUACACCGGCCUAGAGGAUGAGAUCCGUAGAGACAGAGUCAUACCGAUACAGACUGUGAAAACAAACCCUGGAUUCCUACUCAUCACGAUGCUCUCUGAGCGCAAGGAUUCCAUGGUCCGAACGGAAGACAAGAGAGACCGCUGCGGCAGUGUUCUCACACCCUUGUUCAAACGCUUCAACAUCGACCUGGAUUCCUACACGAUUGUUCCUGAGCUUGAGUACAUUGACACCGCCUACUUGAUCACGUGCCACAUCCUGCGCGACGAAAGCACAUACAAGUUCGCAGACAAGGACGGGAUCACUCUCUACUGCAAGCUCCCUCUUCCAGGGUUAACAGACUUCACAACCUUGGAAAACAUAGUGUUCUUGCCCAACGCAGAACACUUGUGCGACGACCCCCGUGCGCCAAUUCCAGAUGGGAAUGCGGCCAAGAAUGAUGUGGAGGACAUGGCUCCACCUGCUGAUGGUGCUUACGACCUAGAGGACAUCACGGAUGUUACAGAUGACCACGCCUACAGACGUUGGAUGGUGGACUCCCAGAAGAAAAACAACAGCCUCAUGAAGAGGAUCCUCAGAGCACUCACUGGAGGCUGCAUCAGAAGUCAGGUCGAGCAGACGACGCAAGGAACAAGGCGCCCAGGCAAAGAACCAGCGGGCACUUCAACUAGAGAAGAGUGACUUCCGAGAAACCGGAGAACAGCCGGCCACUCCAGCAGUGGCGAUUCAGACUGAGUCCGAACGGGCUAUUCCUAUUCCCUUGUUUUAUCCAUCUGAACUAUUUAUUUCCCUGCUAUUUGUUUUCGGUUUGGUGUGUUUUAUCCUCCUCCGAUUUAUUUUCACAACCAGGGAUGGUGUGAAGUAAGUCUGGGGGAGAAACUCUGUACGAUUUCCAUGUUUUUAUUGAGUCAGUCCCUAGGAUCGAGUCAGUCCAGUCAAACUUAUUGUGGUAAUCAGGACCUUAUUUUGUGAUGAUUUCUUAACCACCUCGUGCUUUAACCUUCUUAUUCAGUGACCUUAGCAGUGAUGAAAGACCCACACAUGGACCUGGAACACCCUGACUUAUCUCAUUUGACAUUCCAGAAAUUCUCCACCGAUCAGGUUACACUGGGUAGACUCGACUCCACUAUAUCUGAACCUAAUCUGGACUUUAAUUCUUCUUGUUAUGGGUACUAGAUCAGGGAAACGAGACCUAUACUCAGGACUUCUUAUCCUUUAUAUCCAUCUUGCUGUUCCUGAGUAGCUGGCUCAUCUUUAUCUAGUUCCCACCUUGUACCUUAGCCUUCAUUCCAACUUCAGGCAUUUGUUUUUCAGUGAUUAUAUGUGCAGAUAUGUGCAAAAAGGUUGGAGAGGAAAGGAUCAACGCAGCCUCUUACUCGUUACUGCUGUAGAAAAUCAAUCAGAAAGGAGAACAAGCAGAUCAAGGGACCAACUGCUCCAUGACCAAUGAAUCGUGCAAGUAUAGCAGAAUGUUGCGAAUCAGAUCCACCAGUGGCCUUCUCAAAAUCACAUGCUACCUCCUUCUUCGUCACCUCAUCUCUAUUUUCAUGCUAUGCAAAAAAGAAAAAAAAAAUAUAUUUUACCUUUCAUUUUUAGCAUUUGACGAUGGAGAAGGAGAUGAGUUCAAGGGAACAUGAGCCACUGGAAAAGCCAAGAAAGAGUUUAGGCUAAUUUUCGGAGAACAUAGAAGGGGGCGAGCAGAGCAGUCUGAUGACUGUUCCAGAACAGAGAGCAACCGUUCGAGAGAGGGCAAAACGAGUAGAGGCUGUGGACAUCAAUGGAUCCGUUCUCUCUUGCCAUUUUGUGCGAUAUCCUGCAUCCUCUAAGAAAUCGGUAACCCCUAAACACUUUUAACUCCACCAUUAAAAAGCCUGUUCCAUACCUAGACCGUCCACCCUGAGUAGCGCCCAUGACAAGAAGCUCACGAAAAUUCUAAUUGAACAAAUGGAGUUUGGUCUCGAAGGUGUCGCUUUUUCAGGUCAAGAUGUAGAGUAAGGAGCCGAUCUGUGAACAGCGAUCAGGGGUCUCCAGUAAGUGUGUGUGGUUCUAAUCUACUUCUUGUAUGGUUCAGAGAUUUGUGGUAAGAGUAUGGUUGCUGAGAAUAAGCGAAUUCCCACACUUUCAAACUUUUCUCCUGUUCUUGAUACUUGCCUUGUUCGAGGACAAACAAGGAUCUAAGUCUGGGGGAAUUGAUAUAUGGUGUUUUUCACAUCAUUGUAUAGGUGUUUUUGUAUUGAUUCGAGUCCUUAAUCCGAGUCAAUCUAGUCCUUUUUGAUCUCUUACAGGUCUGGAGUUGGUAGAAGAAUGAAGAAAGCGUGCUUGAAGAGAAGCUGUCCUUUUGGAGCAUUUUGCGGAGAACACUCAAGACGAACAGUCCCGAGACUGUUCUCAAGCAGAACAAGCAGACGGAGUGAUCCCGAGAUUGUUCCCGACAAAUAAGGAAGCUUCCAUUUUUGGGAAUUAAGACCUUGUUGCCCUAAUUUCUCUUCUACCUAUUGGCGCCUCCAUAUAAAGACGCCACCUAUCCUAUUUUAUUUCGGACGCUAGUUUUUACAAGAGAACUAUUAGCUUUUGCGAUCUGCAACUUGUAAGGGAGAAGAAUCCAUUCUCUCAUAGAGAAGACCUUCUGAACCCUUGUUUACUACUCUUAUUAUUAUGCAAUUUCAUUCAGUAUCUAUGUGUUUGAUUGCUUGCAUCAUGAUUGAGUAGUGAUCUAGCUCGCCUAGGGUUUUUAGGGUGUUGAAAUAUGAGCUAAACAUAGAUAAGCUAUUCUUGAUUAUUCUUCAUCCAUACUAUUCUUAAGGCUUCCAUUAAUCUGAUCACUUGAUGUUAGAUCCUAAGUUUAUCGCCAAGCUAACCGCUUAGGAGAUAGCUUGACAUGUAUUGAAUGAGCUUAGUAUCCCUGAUCAGCGAAAGUAGAUAUUAGGGUAGUAAGUGAACUGAUCGGACCUGACCUCUAAGGCUUGCAGUCGCUUCUCAUCUCAACGACAAGUAGAUGAUGGGAUCGACCAGCAAAGAGAUCACCACCACGACAGUGGGGUGUUCCAGCUGAGUGAUCCGAGUUCUAGAAAGCACUGCACCGCGCUUGAAUAAUUGUUUGGCUCUCGCUCAACACCCAAUGAAAUACCCUAGGCUAGCCGCUUUUUAAAUUGAAUCAAUCUCUAGUUUACUUGUUUUCUGCGUCACCAAUUGAAUUAAAAACCAUUUUCUUCUUAGCUUGAUAUUGAAAUUUAUAAGAGUAAAGUGUAGACUGGUCCUCUGGAUUGAAUCUAAAGUACUAUAAUCACAACUGUUAACUUGGCAGUAGCAAGGAUUCAUAUUUAGUGUAUCACAUAUCAAGUUGUAUCAUUAAAUAUAAAAAAAAUAUAACAAAAAAUUAGCACCUGAUAAUGCAAGAUGGACGUUUUUGUUUAGAAGUUCUGAAAAGAUAAAUGGAAGUAGCCGCUCCAUAAAAACAUGGCAGUCGUGACUCUUCAUGCCAGAGAACUUGUUGUUCUCCAUAUCAAUACAAUUAGCUAAGUCUGAAGCAUAACCGUCGGGAAAUUUAACUGCGUGUUUCACACAUUCCAAGAAACUUUUUUCCCGGCUUCGUCCAAUGUGUAGGGAGGAAAUGGAGCUUGACCAUCAUCAUCAACAUGUAAGUGUGGCCGAUCACAAAACUCUGAUAUAUCCAAUCUUGACUGGAUUGUGUCUUUCGACUUACCCUUCACAUUCAUAAGAGUAUUCAUGAUGUUGUCGAAAAAAUUCUUCUCGAUAUGCAUCACAUCAAGAUUAUGACGGAGAAUUAGAUCCCUCCAGUAUGGUAACUCCCAAAAUAUGCUUUCCGUGUGCCAAUUAUGGUACUUUCCAUAUCCAGGCUUCUUCUUUUCAUGAUCGUUUCCACCGCAAACAGACGUUUUAGGAGGAUUGACACCAUUUAACCGCUCUGAAUAAACUUGCUCACCAGUCAAAGAAUCUGGUGGAACUUCAUUUACCGCAUUUUUUCCCUUCAAGAAGUCUUUUCUAUUCUUCCUCAGUGGAUGAUUACGAGGCAGAAAUCUUCGGUGACAAUCAAACCAACACGUCUUCCUUCCCUUAGGCAGAUAAAAAGACUUAGAAUCUUCCAUGCAAAUUGGACAUACUAAUUUACCAUGGGUCGUCCAUCCGGAAAGCAUGCCGUACGCCGGAAAGUCGCUUAUCGUCCACAGAAGCACGGCUUAAGUUGAAAUUAUGAUUCAAGGACACAUCAUAUGCUUCAACUCCAGUUGACCAUAGUUCUUUUAACUCCGCAAUCAGAGGUUUGAGGAAGAUAUCAAGACUAGCUCGUGGAUGAUUUGGCCCAAAAUUUAGAAUUGUAAGAAACAGGUACUCUGUUUUCAUGCACAUACCGGGGGGCAGAUUAUACGGAGUCAAGAUUAUAGGCCACAACGAAUGAUUAUGAGACAUUCCAAAUGGAUUGAAUCCAUCAGUACAUAAUCCAAGAUAAACAUUACGCGGUUCUUCGGCAAACCGGGGAUGUAUUUCUUGAAAGUUUUUCCACUCCGCCGCAUCAGAUGGAUGACACAUUUCUCCCUCUUUUGCUUGGUGCUCAUCAUGCCAUCUCAUUGCCGCUGCAGUCUUCUUGCUCUGAUACAUUCUCUUUAACCUAUCAGCUAUAGGGAGAUACCACAUACGGCUAUAUGGGACUUUGGUUCUACGGCGUUUGUCCCACCUUUCAGCACCACAAAAUUGACAUGUUUCCCACCUUUCAUCUUCUUUCCAAAAUAUCAUACAAUUGUUGAUACAAACAUCAAUUGUAAAAUAUGGGAGCCCUAAAUUGCGCAUCAACUUUUCUGUCUCGUAGUGUGAGUCGGUUGCCAUGUUUCCAUCUGGUAAAUAGUCAUUCAACAUUUGACACACCGAAUCCACACACUUUUCACUCAUAUUAUAAUCUGCCUUAGUUUGUAAAACUCGAGCAGCUAAGGAUAACUGCGAGUGACCUUCACGACAACCAUCAUACAAGGGAUUUUUUGCUCCUUCUUACAAGUCGUAAAACCUUUUUGAAUGUACAUCGUCUACUACAUUCUGGUAAUUACCAGGACCAUCCUGGUAAUUACCGUCCUGGUAAUUACCAUCCUGGUAAUUACCAUCCUCGUGAUAAUUAUCACACCUCACAUUAUCACAAAAUGCAUCAUUUACCAUAUCAACAUAUAUAUCUUCAUUACCAACUUCUUCACUACCACUUAAAGGUGUCGGAUCAACAUGACUCGUUCCUAAUUCCAUAUCAACUUCUUCUCCAUGAUUAUACCAGACAUAAUAGUCACGCAUGAAACCUCUACUAUAUAUAUGUUUCCAAAUUUUUGAUCCCGGAAGAAAUUUAUCGUUCUUGCAAACACUACAUGGACAGGAAAAUUUACCCCCAUUGCUCUGCGUGAUAGGCUGGCUAUUUGCAAAUGUCAUGAAUUGAUCCACCCCUGCUAUGAACUCUUCUGAGAAAUUUCCCGUCUUUUCAUCGAUCCUCUUGUACAUCCAUUCUCGAAAAUGGUAAUAGUUGGAAUUUCCCGACAUUGUAACACUGCAAAAAAAAAAUUUUUUUUGAAUGUCAACGAUUUUUUGUUGUUUUCACUUUCUUUUUAUGUUUUUUAGCAGAAAUGUAUGGUAAACAUCGUGUAGUAUUUAUAGAAACAUUUCCGACUUAUUAGCGGCUCAAUACCGACAAAGCCAGCAAAAAUUAGUUACACCAACCAUGGAACGUAAAUCAUGUGUUUCGUACCGGUAUUGACUGACUGAUUAGCGACUCCGUUACGACCACAAAAAAAGCAGUCGCUAAUAGUCACAAAAUCUCCGACUAUAUUGCUACAGAAUUGCUCCGAAGACGCCGUAGUCGCAGAUCAGUCGUAAUGGUUCGACGAAUUCGGCGGUUGACUUACAAAAAUUAGUUACACCAACCGUAAAAUGUAAACCACGUGUUUUGUACCGGUUUUCACCGACUGGUUUGUGGCUACCGUAUGACUCUAUACAUCAGUCGCGAAAUAGUCGCAAUAUUCAGACUAUAUUGCGACUACAUAAACUCCGACAACAAUGGGGUCGCGGAUCAGUCGUAAUCUGACGAUGGCAUAACGACUAAACGUCGCAGUCGCUAUUGUGCGACUGAUUAACGACUAAAAUUUCCGCGUUGCAAUUCAGUUGUCCGUCAGUCGCCAAACAGUCGUAAAACUUAACGACUACGUUUUCAGUCGCAAACUGUGGUCGAGAAUCACAUGUUUUCUUGUAGUGGAGGGUAUUAGAUGAUAAGCAUUAUCUCUUGUAUUAGUUAGAAUAUGCUUGUGUAUAUUCCUAUUAGUUAGGAACUUCCCUGAUAUCUCUCAUUCGAUUGUACUAUAUAUUUUGAGGAAUGAUAACGUAAAUAUUCACGGGAAAUCAUAUUCACUUACAGGGAGAAUCUUCGGCCCUGUUGCUAUUUACUAUAUAAGAAUCACUGUGCUUUGUGGCUAUUUAGAAUUCAGUUUUGUUUGGCCUAUCUUUAGAAAGGUAAAUAAGAAAAUCAAAUCUACUGGAAGCCAAUACACUGUUUGCGUGUUUGCUGAUGAUUCCAUAGAAAAUGAGUAAACGGGUAGCAAGCGACCCCUAAUACAACUUUAUACAAAUGUUAAAAGUCGAUUAAAAACCAAAACCAAGUGAGGCUGCAGACCUGAGUUUUACCCAUAUGCAAAAGUAGAAGGUGGCUAGCCUUCCGAAGAACAUGAACAAAAAGUAUUAGAUAUUUGAUUAUGUUCCCUAGUUUUUUUUUUUUGACACAUUACGUAGCAAAAGAAAUUCAUAGAACUGAUUCUUCAAACUUGCAGAUCCAUCUUUGCUUCUUUUUUUGAUUACUUUCCUUCAAAGCAUUAAUCUUCAUUUUAUAUUAUGUUUUUGAUGUUUUAUAGUUUGUUCAGUGUGAUUAUCCACUUACCCUUGCCACCUUUUCAUACAGUCUUCAUCAUAUUUCUCUGCAACAGCUGAAAUAAAUCAUGAUGCAUUACAACAUAUGAGGUCUCGAUCGUCAAACAAAAUAUUCUCUUAACCAUUAGUGCAAGAAAGAUCAGACAGAAAUAAAAUCAGAUUGACUCAUUUCGAAGCUGGUGCAAGAUGGUGUAUAAGAUAUUCCGAACGACGUCAAUUAAAGCCAGUGAGAGAAUGCAGAGAAACUGACUUUGAUCAGAUUAGAACAUCAGUAACUCAAGAUUUUUUUUUGUUUCGGAUCACAUCAAUGAAGUCAUUCGAUCUAUAUUAUCAUAAAAGUUAUCGACCAAAGAAACUAUAGAUAUUCAAGUUUUAUCAGUCAAGCAUGGUGCGUAAAAUAAUAAUGAACGUGGUGUUAUCGUCACAUUUAAGUAUACUAUUUGUCCGUUUGUUUCUUACGCCCAGAUAACUCUUGAGGAUGACAUUGAGGUCAGGCCGUCAUGCGAAGGAUAUCUGUUGUAUUUGGUAUAACCAUUAAAAAUGACACAAAGUGAAGAUAUAUAAGUAGAUUAUAUAAGUGCUCUAAUUCUAAUGUACGAAUAGAUCUAAGCAUGAUGGGUCUCUCGCUAAUGUAACCAGAUCCAGUUUUGUUUACAUAGCUAAUUAUGAGAGUUCUGUACUAAGUAAUGAAGCAACAACAUAAGGUGGGGAUACGUUAUUAAAGUGGUUGCCAAACUGUAUACUAAUCUGUGUUUAUGGUUGACUCCAACCAUUGAACAUGAAAGGAAGGUCUUAAACACCACAGAAGAAGUAAAUCACAAGAUUCAAACACCACAGAAGAAGAAGUAAACAUAAGAGUUGACUACAAUGUAAGAACCAAACUAAAGAAGUACUUUGUCUGUUAGGAUUUAAACCUUUUCCUAGUGCUUUAAACUUAGAUUGAAAUCAAUAUCAAAAGCUCUUCCCUUUAUACACUCAAAGAAAACUGUUUCUCAAGAACAACUAUAGAGAUUACAACCAAUGAUUAACACAAAAACCCUAACACUCGUAAUUGCUUAAUCUCUUGUUAUCUCUCUCUUAUGCUCUUGCUCUGUCUCUCGGAUGAUUUCUUUUUUUGGGAUACCCUUAAAGCCACGAUCACCUCUUCUAUAUAUAACACCAUCAACUUCUUAAGUUUCCUUAUCCUUGUCGUCUUUGGUCGACAUAGCAAAACUAACGUUUCCUUUUUGAUUAUGCAGGGAUUCAUUAUUGGGCUGGACUUAGAGAGAUGGGUCAAGACAGAAUUGGGCCUUUAACUCUACAAUCUCCACCUAAGGCCCAGAUUGCUGUCUCUUCCAGUCACCAUCGCUUCGACGACAUCGACGCUUUGUUCCUGCUCCUUCCUCUGCGAUCAGAAAACUGAUCUGAAAAGCUACCUGUGAUAAGUUGUUGAAUCACUUGUAGUCAUGUUCCUUGUUUCAUCUUUCCUGUGUGACUUCAAGCACCAAACCAGAAACGAAUCUCUCUCAGCUCUUUUUUUUUUUUCGAGAAUCUCUCGACGGUGAUGACGUCUCGCCGACGAAUCCUUCCGUCUCCGGCGAGUCCCGUUUCUUCACCCUCUCUCACCUUGAUUCUUCACAACGACAACCUUUGCAUCUCCAAUGAAGAUGACCUCUGACCAGAACCUGUCUCAUCCGGUGAACUGUGAAUUGUUGUUUCUCCGACCUUCACAUCGAUCCUUGUCUUUAAUCCCCUCCAUGGAUAGCGAUUCAAUCUUCUCAAAUCUCAAGCUCAUUCCUUUACCAAAUUAGACCAUUCUAAUCGCAACACCAACAUCUGCAUUGUGCUAGACCAUUCAUCUCCAAAAAAGCUCGCGAUUUCUUCUUGGUGACUAGCGAAUCUAAUUUUUCAUGUUGGUGUUGAUCAAUUCAAUCAAUAUUACCGGCCAUACUGCAGCUUUUCGUCCUUCCUGCGUUUCCGUUGAUCCUUUGGAGACUCCCCUGUUACUCCGACGAACCCACGAACCCCUUUCCACUUCAACUUCCUGGUAAGCUCUCCUUGGUGUUUAUCCUCCACCACAGCAGCUGUUUAAGACGUUCUCUCCUCUCCGGUGAUCUAUUUCUUCUUUCCCCGACCUAGAUACUCGUCUCCAUUCAGCUUCUCUUUGCUGUUUAAGACGUUUUCUCAAGUCAUCCCUUCAACUUUAAAUUUUCUUUUAAAGUAUACUCCUCAUCCGACCUUUCAAACCUUUUGAGCGACUUUUCUUGUGUUUCAGCUACUCCACCUUGAGCUGAAACUUCUGCCUCGCAUCUAUGCUCACAGGUAACUAUCUAAACUCCACCUUGAGUUUUCCAUUAUCAAUAUAAACCUGAAACUGACUUGUUUCUCCUCCUCUGUCUCUGCGAGUUUGAGACAGCGUUGAUAAUGGAGUUACCUGGAGCGUCUUCCUUCUUAGGCGGAAUCGCAGCGAACCUGAAGCUCCUGCCCAGGGAUUCAUUAUUGGGCUGGACUUAGAGAGAUGGGUCAAGACAGAAUUGGGCCUUUAACUCUACAUUGUCAAAAAAGAAAGAAAAUAAAGAAGAAUUUGUAAUGGAAAGAUUAAAAAGUAUCUACGGGUUUUGUGCGUACCCGAGGGUUCAGUUUGGUUUUCAUUACCAAAAAGGUAUAAUCAUGGUGCACUUAGUAAAAUACAAAAUAGAGAGACCGAA